ACAGAACACUGUAGAUAAGCUAGUCCAACGAGCAAAUGCUUCCAUCCUGAUCGGAACUUCGUCCUGGAAGGAGCAGUUCAUCGAAGCGAUCACCGUCAGUGCCGGAGACGACGAUGGCGAGAACGAAGGCGAGGAGGAACCGUCCCCAAGUUGUUCCGACUACAUCAUGCAUUUCCUCACCCUGUUCUGGAAGAUCAUCUUUGCCUUUAUUCCACCAACAGACAUGGCCGGCGGUUACCUGUGCUUCGUGAUUUCCAUCCUGUGCAUCGGCGUCGUGACGGCCAUCAUCGGCGAUGUGGCGUCGCACUUUGGCUGCACGCUCGGCAUCAAGGAUUCAGUCACUGCCAUUAUCUUCGUCGCGCUGGGAACGAGUAUACCGGAUACGUUCGCCAGUAAGGUGGCUGCCAUUCAGGACAAGUACGCCGAUGCCAGUGUGGGUAACGUCACCGGCAGUAACGCCGUCAACGUGUUCCUCGGCAUUGGCGUGGCCUGGACCAUUGCCGCGGUGUACCAUGCCUGCCAUGGGCGGUCCUUCGACGUGGAUCCCGGAACCUUGGCCUUCUCGGUGACCCUGUUCUGUACGGAGGCCUUCGUCGCCAUCAUCGUGCUGGUGAUGCGCCGAAAUCCCAAGAUCGGCGGCGAGCUGGGCGGUCCCCGGAAACCCAAGUACCUGACCGCGGUCUUCUUCUUCUCGCUGUGGAUCAUCUACCUGUUGAUGAGCAGUUUAGAGGCGUACGGUAUCAUCAAGGGCUUCUAAGUCCUCCCCCCCUCCCCAAAGGUUCAUUAGGCCGUUAGUCCACCAACACUACUACUACUAUGUACUACUACUACCGCAACCACCGCAUCGUGUCAACAGUCACACCGUUGAGCAUCAGGCUAUAGCGCAACGCAUGCGGUGGAAGACACUAACACAAGCAAGCCAACACACACACGUUCAUCGAUUCCAGUACAGUUUGUUUUUAUUUAGUUUGUGUUUUACGAACAAAACAACGUGAAUGUCAACGCCUACUUAGCUAGAUUUUGAACUCGUAGUAGCCAUGGAUAUGGAUUUAUUUAUUUAUUUUCUGUUUAAUCGAAGCAAAGCCGCUUGAAAGCAACCAUAGGUUCUAUAUUGAUGUGGAAGGAUAUCCCUUUGAAAGCUGCAAUCAAACUGCAAGUGAAAUACAAGACAUUUUAGUUUACACUUACCUGUAUUGUUAGUAAUUUAUAAGAGAGCAACAUUAUUUAAAAAAAAAACCCGACGCGAAAGUUAGGAAGCAAAGCCCAACAAAAGAUGACGAUGGAGAAGUAAGAAAAAAUGCCAAAUUGUUAAGAAAUAAUGAAAACUAUUUAAUAAUAAUUAUAUUAAUGCAAAAGAAAACAACAACAACAUCAUAGAGUGUAUUAGGUGGUAAGCUAAUGUUAAACUAGGAUAUGUAAAAUGAAAGCAAGCAGAAAGCCGAAUGUUUUAAAAACAAAACCAAAACAAAUGCUAUGGAAACAAACAGAAAAAAAAAACAUGACAAACACGAAUGGACGAACGCGCGACGGACGUGAUUUAAAGAAUGUUGUGUACUAUUUUCUGUUACGUGUUAAAAUUCAAACGCUGAUGCGAAAAAAACAACCCAUAUAUUCUAGUCAAUCGUUGAAUUUAUCAGUAUGUAAGAUGUUUUUUUCUUUUUGUUUCCUUGAUCCGCCAUGGGCGGCUGCGUGUUCAUCGGAUGGGUGCCCCUUAAGUUACCCCUCCGUCGUGCUCGCUCGCGUUUGCAGGAGCUACACUUGUACAUAUAGCAGGAAAAAAAACGUCAAAAAGUCAGUGUUUGUUUACUAUAUACGGUUAAGUUUUUCUUCGUGUCUUCUUUGGACCUCCCUUUUUGUUUACCUUUCGUCGUAGUGCUUGACGAGCUCGUCGUGGUGUGCGAGAUCCCAGUAGCACGCGCAUGUAACACUUGCGUGCGUUACUUUACUAGUGCGAUGAAGACAUAUCUAAGUUAGUCAAAACAACCGAAGUGGUUCGGGAAGUUUUCGGCAAUUCCUAACCUGGAAUCCUAACCUUGAACUGGUGACUAUCAUCGAAAGAUUAACUUAACGCUAGGUUUCCAAAACAAAUUCGACCAAUCGUUAACGUCAACGAAACAGUCAAACCAUCUCGAAUCAAGGACCAUCAGAAUCACACAAAACAAUCGCGCGAUGAACGCCGGACAAAGGGACCGGCAGGAAACAAUCCUUUCCUUAAAGAAAAAAACCUUAGACAUCCAAGCACUUGAGCAUUUUUAUCUGUUUAGUUGUUUAGUUACUGGCGUUACUUAAGAAGCACACAAACACAAGCACCUCCACCGUUACACAAUAGCCACACUCCACACACUAAUACAUACAUACACGUUACACAUCUGUACACACAUCAGGAAAAACUGAAACAAACACUAGAACAUUCUCAUCGGACCGAAAACAGUUAGAAAUGGGAAACGUGGAUCGAAGUAGGCGUGGCUAGUGACAAUGCGGUGAGCGAUAUUACGUGGAAUUGUGGAAUUUCGUCAAAUUCUUUGUAGACUUUCUUAGAAAGUCUGCGGAGGAAUUCUCCCGCAUUCCGAGAAGAAAUUUUCCCGAAUCCUAUUUUCCAAAUCUCGUGGAGGAAUUCUCAAACAUUCUCUUGAGAAUUCUUCUUGAUUUUUUGGAGGAAUUCGCCACAGUUUUGUGGAGGAAUUCUCCCAAAUUCCAUGGAGGCAUUCUCCUGUAUUUCGCGAAACAACUCUUCAGAGUUCUGUGGAGGUGUCUAGCCGUAUUCGUGGAGACACUCUUCCAAAUUAAGUGGAAUAAUUCUACCAAAUUCUGUUCAGCAAUUCUCCAGAAUUUCUCAGAAGACUUUUCUCCAAAUUCCGAAAUUUCCAAAAAUUCCUCAAAUCGGAAGAAUUUCUAAAUUUCUCUUAAGUAUUUCUCACGGAUUUCCUAGCGAAUCCUCCUCGAUUUUGUGGAAGAGUUCUCCUGAAUUCAAUGGUGGAAUUCUACCGAAGUCCAUAGAGAAAGUCACCUGAAUUCCGUGAAGGAUUUUUUUCGAAUUCUGUAUAGGAGUUUUGGUCAAAUAUUUUUAGGAAAUCUCAAAUUUGAAGAUUAGCCAGAUUUUCUCAAAUUUCUAAGAAAAGUUCUCUUAAAUUGCGGAAGGAGUUGCCCAGAAAUCUUCACGGGAAUCCGCCCGAAUCCCAUUGAGAAUUUCAUAUGAUUUCCAAGGAGGAAUUUUCCGAAUUUCAAAAGAGAAAUCCUUCCGAAUUUGGCCAGAUUUUUGCAAAUUUCUAUGAAAAAUUCUCUUAAAUUGCGGAAGGAGUUGCCCACGGGAAUUCGCCCGAAUUUGGCCAGAUUUUCUCAAAUUUCCAAGAAAAAUUCUCUUAAAAUGCGGAAGGAGUUGCCCAGAAAUCAUCACGGGAAUUCGCCCGAAUUCCAUUGAGAAUUUCAUCUGAUUUCCAAGGAGGAAUUUUCAGAAAUUCAUAAGAAAAUGCCUUCCGCAUUACUAAAAAAUAAGUCUCGAUAUUGAUAGAAGAUUUUUUUUAGAAAUUCACAUGAACUUUCUCUUGAAACACGUAGAGGAAGUCCCCGGAAUUCCGUAGAGACAUCCUUCUCCAAUUCUGUGGAGCAAUUCUCCCGAAUUCUUUGAAGAAAUAUUUCCAAAUCUUUCGAUAUGACAGAAUUCCUAAAUUUUCGUGAAGUAUUGCUUCCGAAUUCUCUGGGAAAUUUUUCUUGUUUCUAUGGAAAAAUUCUCCUGAAUUUCAUAGAGGAAUUCUCCUGUAUUUCGCGAAUACAUUCUUCAGAAUUCUGUGUGUUGUCUGCUUAUUCUGUAGACACACUCUUCAAAAUUAUGAGGAGUAAUUCUACAAAAUUCCGUUCAGAAUCCUCCCAAGAGAGACUCAGAGGCUUUUUUUUUUUGCAAAUUUCCAAAAAUCCCUCAAAGCGCAAGAAUUCUUUAAUAUCCGUAAAGUAUUUCGCACGGAUUUCCUGGCAAAUCCUCCUCGAUUUCGUAGAGAAGUUCUCUUGAAUUCAAUGGUGGAAUUCUACCGAAUUCUGUGAAGGAAUUCUUAUUAAUUCCGUGAAGGAAGUCUCCAAAAGUCAGUGGAGGAGUCUUGGUCAAUUCUUUUUAAGAAAUCUGAAAAUCUAUAUUGGAAUUCUGCCAGAUUUUCUCAAAUUUCGAAGAAAAAUUCUCUUGAAUUAUGGAAAGGAAUUUUCCCAAAAUCUGUUCGGAAAUUCUCCCAAAUUCCGUUCAGAAUUUUAUCUGAGAUUUCCAAGGAAGAAGUUUCCCGAAAUUCAGAGAAGAAAGCCUUCCGAAUUACUAAAAAAUCAGUCUCUCGGUAUCCAUAGAAGAUUUUUUUUAGAAAUUCACAUGAAAGAUCUCUCGAAACACAGAGAGGAAGUCUCCGGAACUCUGUAGAGGCAUCCAUCCCCAAUUCUGUGGAGCACUUCUCCCAAAUGUCUCAACCUGGGGAUUUUUCAAAAUUUGUUUGAAUUUUUCCAAAUUCCAAAUUUUUUUGAGAAUUUUUUCCAAACUCCGAAAAUUUCUAAAAAAAAUCCCUCAAAUCGGAUGAAUAUCCAAAUUUUCGUGGAGUAUUUGUUGCGGAAUUCCUGCCGAAUCCUUCAUAAAAGAAAUUUUCCUGAAUUCAAUGGUGGAAUUCUACUGAAUUCUAGGAAAUGUUGGAAUUCUGCCAGAUUCUCUCGAAUUUCGAAAAAAAUCUCUUAAAUUGCGGAAAGGAAAUCUCGUUAAGUACUGUUCCUAUGAAUUCCACUAAGAAAAGGAAUUUUCCAGAAAUCUGUAGGGGAAUUCUCCCGAACUUCGUUGUAAUUUCCAGGGAGAAAUUUUCCCGAAAUUCAGAAGACAAAGCCUUCCAAAUUACUAAAAAAUCAGUCUUUCGGUAUUCAUAGAAGAUUUUUUUUUGAAAAACCCACAUGAAAGUUCUCUCGAAACACAGAGAGGAAGUCUCCGGAACUCCGUAGAGGCCUCCAUCCCCAAUUCUGUGGAGCAAUUCUCCCAAAUGUCUCGAACUGGGAAUUUUUCAAAAUUUGUUUGAAUUUUCCAAAUUCCAAAUUUUUUUGAGAAUUUUUUCCAAAUUCCAAAAAUUUCUAAAAAAAAAUCCAUCAAAUCGGAUGCAUAUCCAAAUUUUCGUGAAAUAUUUCUCGCGAAUUUCCUGGCGAAUCCUUCAUGAAAAAUUCUCCUGAAUUCAAUGGUGGAAUUCUACUGAAUUCUAGGAAAUGUCGGAAUUCUGCCAGAUUCUCUCAAAUUCCGAAGAAAAUUAUCUUAAAUUGCUUCCUCCCCUUCCUUUUCCAGAAAUCUGUAGAAAAAUUCUCCCGAAUUUUGUUAAGAAAUUCAUCAGAUUUAAAACUAAGAAUUUUACUAAGAGAAUUCCUAAAUUUCCGUGAAGUAUUGCUUUCGAAUUCUCUGGGAAAUUUUCCUUGUUUUUAUGGAAAAAUUCUCCUGAAUUUCAUGAAGGAAUUCUCCCAAAUUCAGUGAAAGAGUUCUUACGAAUUCUGUGGAGGGGUUGUGAUAAUUUCAUUGCAGGAAUUUUCUCAAAUUCUGUAAAGAAAUUCUGCUGAAUUGUCUCAAAUUUCUCAAAAUGUUUCCCUGAAAUCGGUGAGAGAAUUCUCCUGGAUUCCGUAGAGAAAUUCAUGUGAUUUCAAAAAGGCAAAUCCUCGAAAUUCAGAAGAGGAAGCCUUCCGAAUUCCUAAGAAUUUUCUAGAAAUUUGCAUGGAAGUGUUCUCGAAAGAUGGUAAGGAAUUCCGUGGAGAAAUUCUUUCCCAUUUCUUUCGAAUUCCAAAUUCCGAAUUUCUAAAUUUCCGUGAAUCGCUUCCAAAUUCCCUGGAAAAUUCGUCUUGAUUUCAUAGAGAAAUUCGUGGAGAAAUUCUCCUGAAUGCCUUGAAGUAGUUUUUUCGAAAUCUGCAGAGGGGUUUUGAUCAAUAUUUUGCAGGAAUUAUCUCAAAUUCUACCGAACACUUUUGAAAUUCUCAAAAAAAAAACUCCCAAAAGACGAAAAGAACUUGUCCUGAAAUCGAUGGAAGAAUUCUCCUGGAUUCCGUAGAGAAAUUCCUGUGAUGUCCAAAGAGUAAUUCUCCCACAUUCAAAAGAGGAAGUCUUCCGAAUUCCUUAGAAGAACUUUCUUGAAAUUCGUUGAAAAAUUUUCUAGAAUUUCACAUGGCUCAAAAGAUGGAGAGGAAUUCCGACGAAUUCCGUGGUGGAAUUCUUCCCCAAUUCUGUGGAGCAUUUCUUCCGAAUUCCAAAUUCCAAAUUUCUAAAUUUCCGUGAAUUGCUUCCAAAUUCCCUGGGAAAUUCUUCUUGAUUUCGUAGAAAAAUUCGUGGAGUAAUUCUUCUGAAAUCUUUGAAGUAGUUCUUCCGAAAUCUACAGAGGAGAUUUGAUCAAUUCUUUACAGGAAUUCUGCCGAACUUUCUCAAAUUUCUCAAAAAAAUACUCUUCCAAAUUACGAAAAGAACUUGUCCUGAAACUGGUGAGAGAAGUCUCGCGAAUUCCACAGAGAAAUUCCUGUGAUUUCCAAAGAGCAAUUCUCCCAAAUUCAAAAGAGGAAGCCUUCCGAAUUCCUAAGAAGAACUUUCUCGAAAUUCGUUGAAAAGUUCCUCAAAAAUUCGCAGUGGAGUUCUCUUGAAAGAUGUGGAAGAAUUCUGCUAAAUUCCAUCGUGGAAUUCUUCCCGAAUCAUGUGGAACAGUUCUUCCGAAUUUCAAAUUCCGAAUUUCUAAAUUUCUGUGAAGUAUUGCUUCCGAAUUCCCUGAGAAAUUCUAAAUCCGAAUUUCUAAAUUUCCGUGAAUUGCUUCCAAAUUCCCUGGGAACUUCUUCUUAAUUUCAUAGAGAAAUUCUCCUGAAUGCGGAGGAGGAGUUUUGAUCAAUCCUUUACCGGAAUUUUCUCAAAUUCUGUGGAAGAAUUCUGCCAAAUUCUCUCAAAUUUCUCAAAAAAAAAAUCCCAAAUUAAGAACUGGUCCUGAAAUCGGUGAGAGGAUUCUCUCGGAUUUCAGAGAGAAACUCCAGUGAUUUCCAAAGAGCAAUGCUCCCAAAUUCAAAAGAAGACGUCUUCCAAAUUCCUAAGAAGAACUUUCUUGAAAUUCGUUGAAAAGUUUCUCAAAAAUUCGCAGUGGAGUUCUCUCGAAAGAUGUAGAACAAUUCUGUCGCCAAAUUCCGUCGUGGAAUUCUUUGCCAAUUCUGUGGAACGAUUCCCUGAGAAAUUUUUCUUGAUUUCACAGAAAAAUUCAUGGAAAAAUUCUCCUGAAUUCCGUUAAUGAAUUCUUCCGAAAUCUGCGGAAGAGUUUUGACCAUUUCCUUGCAGGAGUUCUCUCAGAAUCUAUGGCGAAGUUGCCGAAUUUUCUCAAAUUUCUUAGAAAAAACUCUCCCAAAUAACGCAAACGGAGUUUUCCUGAAAUCUGUACAACAGAAUCCUUCCGGAUUCCAUUGAGAAAUUCCUGUGAUUUUCAAAGAGCAAUUCUUCCAAGUUCACAAGAGAGAGUCUUCCGAAUUCUCAAGAAGAAUUCUCUCGAUAUUCGUGGAAGAAUUUUUGAAAUCCGUUGUGGAAUUAUACCGAGGUUUCUCAAAUUCCGAAAUCAAUUACGAGAAGGAAUUUUCCCGUAAUUUUUAGUAAUUUUUAGUGAAUUCUGACGAAGAAUUUUCUCGGACUUCCGAAUUCCAAAUUCCAGAUUCCUAAUUUCUAAAUUUCCGCAAAGUGUUGCUUCCAAUUGCUUGGGAAAUUCUUGUUAUUUCAAUGGAGAAAUUCUCCCAAAUUCCAUGAAGGAAUUCUUCCGAAAUCUGCGGAGAAGUUGUGAUCAAUACUUUGCAGGAAUUUUCUCAAAUUCUGUGAAGGAAUUCUGCCGAAUUCUCUCAAAUUUCUCAAAAAAAAAUCUCCCAAACUACGAAUAGAAGUUUGCCUGAAAUCGGUGAGAGUAUUCUCCGGGAUUCUGUGAAGGAAUUCUUCCGAAAUCUGCGGAAGAGUUUUGAUCAUUUCGUUGCAGGAGUUCUCUGGCGAUCAAUGGCGAAGUUCUGGCGAAUUUUCUCAAAUUUCUUGGAAUAAACUCUCCCAAAUUACGAAAAACGAGUUUUCCUGAAAUCUGGAAUAGAAUUUUCCCGGAUUCCCUUAAGAAAAUCCUGUGAUUUCCAAAGAGCAAUUCUUCCAAGUUCAGAAGAGGAAGUCUUCCGAAAUCUUAAGAAGAAUUUUUCGAAAUUUGUUGAAGAGUUUUUGAAAGCCGUUGUGGAAUUCUACCGAAGUUUUUUUCUAAUUCCGGAAAAGAACUCUGCCCAAUUACAAGAAGGGAUUUUCUCGAAAUUUGUAGUAGAAUUGGUCUUAAUUCUGACAAGGAACUAUCUCAGAAUUCGAAGAGAAGUGUUACAUAAUCCUUCUCAGGAUUCAUUGUGAGAUUUUCUUGAAUUUUGGAAAAGUCUUUCAAAAAAAAAAUAUUUUUUUUUCAAAAAAAUCAUCCAGAACGACAAUUUUCACAAAUUCUAGAGAAGGAGUUCUCACGAAUUCUGGAAAGAUGUUUACCCAAAUUACUCCCGAUUGGCGUCUCAAUCUCGUCACUGGCCACGUCCUAUCAAAAAAGCAAACCGUCGGUUUCCCCCGGUUGAACCGAUUCUGCAAAGAAACACAGAGUAAACAAAAACAGUGUAAUUUCUUCCAAUUCAUGGUAACAUCGAAAACCAUACAGCCGCGCUAGUCACUAAGGAUUUGUUUUAAACGUUAGAACUCAAUUUAUUCACAUACAGAACACACACACAGACAGAGAAGUUUUUUUUUCCUAGAAUAUAAUUAGUGCCCAGGGUGUAAGAACAAAAAAAACGUUGUUGAUCAAAGGUAAAACGUCCACGUCGUGCGUGAGCGAGAGCAAAUAGUUAAUAGUAUUUUUUUCUGUUUAAAUUUACUUGCAUAAGAUAUUAAUAAAAACUAGUAGCUGAAACAGCGAAAUCGUCGCGUCGAAACGAUCAUUGUGAAACCAUUGUUUUUAUUAAAGAGGGGGAGAGGGGUGAAACGCAAUGUAGAAGAGCUAUCGCUUUGAAACGGCUGAUAAUGAGAGUAGUUGAUUGUUUGUAAACAAAGAAAAAAAACUGACACCACGUUAUAAUGAUUGUUGCGAUCAGCUUCACGAAGUUUCCACCAUUCUUUGACAUGAUUCAGCGUGAGCAUAUAUGAGAAGAAAUCAAAUCUGACAUUUGUUAUUUGUUUUUAAAACUUGUUAUGAAUUGCAAACAAAGAAAAAAAAAACGAGCAAACCUGAAACGAAGAGAGAUGAACUGUAAACCAACAAUAAAUGCAAGUUAGUCAACGUGUUCUUAAAGUAUAUUUAUAUGGAUGGAUUGUAGCAUGUAACAAAGGGAGUGACAUUUAUAUUUUUACAAACAAAAAGAUACGCCAGCCAGCAUCGGUUACCACCUGAAUAUUCAUAGAAAGAGAAAGCAAAACAAAAACCAAACUGUUGUAGCCAAUAACAAAUCUACAUUUCUCGAAACAAUUCAAACUCUUGAUGUUUACAAACUCAUGCGCAUACCAAAAAAAAAAGCGAAACGUGCGUUUCAUUUCGAUAUUAUACCGUAGUGUAAUGUUCCACGCCUACUAUUAACCGAUUCACGAACUGUCAACAUGGAAACCCCCCACACAUUAAGCUGAAUGUGACAAACGUCAAAAGUACACGCAAAUAUGAAACACAUCUCAACAACAGUUUAGAGCACUACGUGACCCCUUUCGAACGAAAAACGUGUAGAAAAACGCCAUCAGUCGUCAUUACAUAAGCAUAGGAAAUAACUGUAACAUUCUUCCAAACUAGCAAAUUGAACCGUACUAAGCCAGAAUCAUCAGAAUUGCAUGUUUGUAAAGUGACAGGUAGUCAUCAAAUGUGGCAUUUGUCACCUGAUGUGCAAUAUCAUAGUCUUACGAAAGAGAAACAUCGUAAAAACCACUUACUCUUAAAACAGAAAAGGCAAUAAUCCACCUAGAACUCAAAACAUUUCCCAAUUCGAUCAGAACCGUUGUUUUCUUUUCCCCUUUUUCUCUAUCUAACUAUCUUAUUAUCUAAACUAGUGAACCAAAACAAACAUAAAAAAAAUGUAACUCAACAAAACAAAUGGAAAGCAAAAUUCUAACCCCACUUCUUUUCUUACGAAAAAACAAAAACUAUCUCUAUCCAUGUAUAGGAAAUCAAAACUAUCGAAUCAACACUUAUAUCGUGACCUAAUAGAGCUCCCAAAAUCUUCGCCCCGUCUUUUAUUCCCGCAUCAAUUAUUCUUCUUUCUGUGCGAGGACUACUAUUUGUUUUCCCAAAAUCUUGUACAUUUUAGAAAUCGAAAUCGCAUUAAAUCAAUUUUCUACACUAUCCACUUACAUCUAAGAAACAAACAA